UGGCGUCCCGGCGACACCGGAACCCCGGCAGCGUGGGCAUGGCGCUGGGAGCGCGGAGGGGAACGCAGAGUUUGGGGGACCCUGGCGAAAGGGCCGAGCCUCUGGCGCGGCCCCCAUUGCACGAGCGGGUGGUGAGAGCGUGGGAUUCUGUGGCCGUGCGCUGCGGAGCGUCUGACCGGCGGCCGUGUGGGUGGUGCGUGUGUCCCCCGGCGUGCGUCGGCGGGUGUGCGGGCGGGUGGCGGCGCCGUCGUGGGCAUUGCUCACUCUGCGGGUUUGCGCGCGCGACGGGCUCGUUUCCUCCGCUGCGCAUGGGAAUGUGGGUGUCCCGGCUGCGAGUGAUGUGUUCGCGUCGCGGGAGUCAGCGCGCAUCCUGGGACUCCCGUUUUCCCGGUUCGGGUGGUCGCGGGUGAGUCUCUAGGGGUUGCGCCCCCGGCCCUAAGGUUCGGGUCCGCAGCAUCUGCGCGCAGCUGGCCCCGGAGCGUCCACGAGUCGCGCAGCCGAUGACCCACCCAGAGCCGUCUCCGGCGCUUUGCUCGAGCCCAACUCUGGGAAUCCUCGUUGCAGCCGGCUCCCUGUCCCAAUGGGGACGCGGAACCCGCGCCCUUCCCGCUCCAGUCCUGUUUCACCAUUAGUGCAAAGGAGGCUGGUUUCGGUGGAGGCGAAUUUGGGUGGGAGAUGGCAGAGCUUCGCGGGGAUGCUCCGCGGCACGGGGGCCUGGAGUCCUCAGCACACCAGGGAAGGGCGAGUCGCUCCUGCGCGAGGGGGCUUUUGCGUGGGAUCAGGUGGGUUUGACCUCUUGUGGGGGUAUGUGUGGUUGCGCUAACCUAUGUUAGAGACGCUGAAUCCACAGAAAGGGCGGUGACCGGUUCAAACUCGGCCCCGGGAUGAGACGGGGGCCGCUUCCCGCAUUCUAACGCGCUGUGCUGUCUCCCCAGGAGUCCGGCGCGACCCCCAGCCGUGCGCCUCGCCCCGGCGCCAUGCAUUGCGAGGUGGCCGAGGCACACUCGGACAAGAGGCCCAAGGAGGCCCUGGGUGCGCCCGGCCCCGGCCCCGGCCCCGCCAGCCUCGGCGCGCACAUGGCCUUCAGGGUCACCGUGAGUGGCGGCGGCUGCGGGGACAGGGGCCCGCGGGACCUGCUAGCCCGGCCGCCCGUGCCGCCACCGCGCGCCCACGAUCUCCUCCGGCCCCGGAGCCCCCGAGACUACGGUCAGUCCAAGCUCGCCGCCGCCGGGAAGGUGAAUGGGAGCUACGGCCACUGCACGCCGGGCUCGGAGAAGAGCCUGCUGGACCUGGAUCUUGCUGAGGGCCCCAGCCCCACCUGCUGCCAGGGCCUGUUUCUCCCUGCAGGAAGCCCACCGCCCCGGGCUCACCCCCAAGCCUGUGAGAGGCUGCUGCAUUUCCCCCACCCUAACAGGUCACCCAGACCCCAGGCCACAUAUGUGAACGGCAGCCUCCCAACCACACAACACAUCAAGCAGGAGUCCCUGCCCGACUACCAAGCCAUGGCAGAGGCCCGUACCUCCCUGUCUGCCCACUGUCGGGCCCCGCUGGCCACUGGCUUGCACCCAGACCUGGACCUCCCGGGCCGAAGCCUCGCCACCCCUGCGCCUUCCUGCUACCUUAUGGGCAGAGAACCCAGCUCUGGCCUGGGCCCCCAGCCUGAGGCCCACCUCCCUGAGGGCAGCCUGAAGCGCUGCUGCCUCUUGGGCCUACCCCCAACUUCCUCGGUCUCCUCCUCACCCUGUGCCUCCUCUGAUGUCACCUCCAUCAUCCGCUCCUCCCAGACGUCUCUGUUCACCUGUGUGAAUGGACUCCGGAGCCCCCCUCUGCCAGGAGACCUGGGGGGCCCUUCCAAACGGGCCCGGCCUGGCCCUGCAUCCACGGACAGCCAUGAGGGCAGUUUGCAAGUGGAAGCCUGCCGGAAGGCGAGCUUCCUGAAGCAGGAGCCCACAGAUGAGUUUUCAGAGCUCUUUGGGCCUCACCAGCAGGGCCUGCCACCCCCCUAUCCCCUGUCUCAGUUGCCACCUGGCCCGAGCCUUGGAGGCCUGGGGCUGGGCCUGGCAGGCAGGAUGGUGGCGGGGCGGCAGGCGUGCCGCUGGGUGGACUGCUGUGCAGCCUAUGAGCAGCAGGAGGAGCUGGUGCGGCACAUCGAGAAGAGCCACAUCGACCAGCGCAAGGGUGAGGACUUCACCUGCUUCUGGGCGGGCUGUGUGCGCCGCUACAAGCCCUUCAACGCCCGUUACAAGCUGCUCAUCCACAUGCGGGUGCACUCGGGCGAGAAGCCCAACAAGUGCAUGUUUGAAGGCUGCAGCAAGGCCUUCUCGCGGCUGGAGAACCUCAAGAUCCACCUGAGGAGCCACACGGGCGAGAAACCGUACCUGUGCCAGCACCCGGGCUGCCAGAAGGCCUUCAGCAACUCCAGCGACCGCGCCAAGCACCAGCGAACCCACCUAGACACGAAGCCGUAUGCCUGUCAGAUCCCUGGCUGCUCCAAGCGCUACACGGACCCCAGCUCCCUCCGCAAGCACGUCAAGGCCCAUUCAGCCAAAGAGCAGCAGGUGCGUAAGAAGCUGCACGUGGGCCCUGACACCGAGGCCGACGUCCUGACUGAGUGUCUGGCCCUGCAGCACCUCCACGCGUCCACACAGCUGGCUGCCAGCGAUGGCAAGGGUGGCUGCAGCCUGGGCCAGGAGCUGCUCCCAGGUGUGUAUCCUGGCUCCAUCACCCCCCACAAUGGACUUGCGACAGGCCUCCUGCCCCCAGCCCACGAUGUGUCUUCCAGGCACCAACCUCUGGAUGCCACCACCAGUUCCCACCACCAUCUGCCCCCUCUGCCCAUGGCUGAGAGCACCCGGGAUGGGUUGGGGCCCGGACUCCUCUCACCCAUAGUCAGCCCCCUGAAGGGGCUCGGGCCACCACCGCUGCCCCCAUCCUCCCAGAGCCAUUCUCCGGGAGGCCAGCCCUUCUCCACGCUCCCGAGCAAGCCUGCCUACCCACCCUUCCAGAGCCCUCCACCCCCGCCUGUGCCCAGCCCGAGAGGUUACCAGGGCAGUUUCCACUCCAUCCAGAGCUGCUUCCCCUAUGGUGACUGCUACCGGACAGCGGAGCCAGCAGCUGGCGGGGACGGACUGGUCGGGGAGACCCCCGGUUUCAAUGCCCUGAGGCCCAACGGCUACCACAGCCUCAGCACGCCCUUGCCUGCCCCAGGCUAUGAGGCCCUGGCCGAGGCCUCGUGUGCCACAGCGCUGCCACAGCAGUCAUCUGAAGACAUGGCGUCCAGCGGCCCCGAGGACUGCGGCUUCUUCCCCAAUGGAGCCUUUGACCACUGCCUGGGCCACAUCCCCUCCAUCUACACGGACACCUGAAGGAGCCCCGUGUGCGCCUGCCUGCCCAGCACUGCAGAUGUCACCUCACCCACCUGCUGUCACUCCCACCCUCCAUGUACCCCGCAGGAGCGCCAGGCCACAGCUGGAACAUCUGGGCCAUGACCCAGGGAGCCAGUUGGCCAUGCCACCCAGCACUGCCAGGGAGCUGCCGUCUGAGCCCGAGCUGGGUGCACAGAGGUGCCCGUCAGGACUUGUGGCCCUGUAACAUUCCCUUGAUAGUGUCUUCCCAUUCCUCUCCCCAGUGGUUUGGAAAUCACAGACCUCGUGUAUAUAAAAUAUGCAGAACUUGUCUUCCAUUCCCCUGCCAGUUUUAUAUUUUUGGUUUUACAAGAAAAACAUUAAAAACUGGAAAGGAGCUGUGA